GUGCGUUCAGUGGGGAAAUGGAACUGACUGAACUCUCUAUAUGAGAUGCUCUUAUGAAGGCAACAAUGUAACCUGUUGUGGCGAGACAGAGGCGCGCGACCGUCAGCUUGUCUCGUGCAGUACAUUUUUAACAGCACGCGCUCUGUAAGUGCGCGCCACAUCGUUGCGUCUCCUGUCAACUGCUGUAUCUCAGAAGCCUUUUCUGAAACGAAGGUCUUACCUGCGUCUCAAAAGAAGAUUAAAGCAAGGAAAACAUUUAAGAAGAUAAUCAUAAAGUCGAAGAUGGUUUCUGGAGUAAAAGACGUGUUAAAGGCAUCAGCAAGAGGUGGACAUCACAAAUCCCAAAUGAUUCAUUGCUUGACAACUCUAGUAUGUUUUUUGUUUUCCGUGUUUUCGGUGGCCGUAUGUCUGUUUAUGAACGUGAAAACUUCUCAAAUUGAGCGUAAAAUGAAGCUUCUUGAGAUGGAGCGACUGUCGGUUAUUCAACCUGUGCACGCGACUUUGGAUUCGAACGCGACUCUUUGGGAUGCGAUAGAAAAACUUGUGCAAGAGAGACUUAAAGAGGGAGUGUCAAAAAUUCGCAUGGCGCGAGAAGUGACGCAAGAGUGCUCGUGCCCUCCAGGUCCUCCAGGAAAACGUGGAAGAAAAGGCAACCCUGGAAUUCCAGGCACUCCAGGUCGAGAUGGUUACCCGGGUCCAUUGGGUAUGGAUGGUAAGCCUGGACCUCCAGGUCAAAAAGGCAGUCAAGGAAUGCUGGGACAAAAAGGAGAAAAGGGUGACCAGGGAGACAUGGGCCCAAGGGGACCACCAUCUUACGCAGCCUCUGCAGGCCUGCUUAGUAAUCAGAUUCUCACAGUGAAGGGUGAUCAAGGUCAGGCUGGGCCUCCAGGUCCCCCAGGACUUCCAGGAACACCUGGUCCCGAAGGGCCUCCAGGAAACACAGGCAAAGAUGGGCCCCAAGGCCACCCAGGAGAGCCGGGACCACCUGGAAAGGAUGGAAAUGAGGGACAAAUAGGGCCACCUGGCAUGCAGGGUAAGAAUGGAGCCGAUGGCAUACCUGGACCACAGGGCCCUCCAGGGCCAAAGGGAGAUCAGGGCAUGCUAGGUCCUGAGGGGAAGAGAGGGACUGAUGGAUCCCCUAGCACAAAGGGUGAAAAGGGAGAUGUUGGGUGUCCAGGUCCCCAGGGUUUGCCUGGAGAGAAUGGGGCUACUGAUUUUACAGAAAGUAAUCAGGCCUUAAGACUCCAAACUAUGCAGGGGCCUCCAGGCCCUCCAGGACCUCCGGGAGAACAAGGGCCAAAAGGAGAUAUGGGCUUACAUGGAGCAACAGGCCCAGAAGGAAAGCAGGGCCCUAAGGGAGAGAGGGGUGAUAUAGGAGAGCCUGGAACAGCAGGAGCAAAAGGGGACAUUGGGCUGACAGGGUCUGCUGGGGCAACUGGGCAAAAGGGAGAUAAAGGAGACUCUAGGCUUGAGGAGAGCUUGGACCAGAUUAUCUCUUUGCCUGGCCCUCCAGGGCCUCCUGGACCACCUGGACCAGCAGGAUAUCAUGGAUUGCCUGGCCCCAAGGGAGAGCCUGCUGAAUCAGUGAAAGGAGAAAAGGGGGAAAUUGGAGAGAAAGGUCCACCUGGGCCACGGGGUCUUCAAGGUUUUCCAGGGUCUAAUGGGUUGGUUGGUCUGCCAGGUGCAAAAGGCGAAAAGGGAAAACAAGGUGAACCAGGACUAGACGGAUACCCAGGGUUUCAAGGAGAAAAAGGGGACAGAGGAGACAAAGGGGAGAGGGGUGAGCGAGGUACAAUGGGAAAGAAAGGCCUGAAAGGACAGAAGGGAGAGCAAGGACUUCCAGGACUUGAUCAGCCUUGUCCUGUGGGGCGAGAUGGUUUGCCCAUACCUGGAUGCUGGCAUAAGGAGGAGGCUUCAGGGCAUGGGGGCAAAGCCAAGAAACCAUCUCAGCCCUAAAGGACUCUGAAUGGGCUUCAUGGAGGGAGCAUGCUUUGCCAAUGGUCAGUUGGAUCCCCCAAAUUGAAGGGCUCGUCUGUAAUACAGGCAGGACACCAGAAUGGGUGUUGCUCUGGAUUUGUACUGGUGUACGUAUGGACAAAUUUGUACUCAGGAAAUGUUGUCAAUAGAAAACAUAAUAAUUUGUUUUGUUCCAUUUCUCAAUCAAAUAUAUCUGUGGAGUGGUGAGAAAAGUUUUGUAUAAUAACUAAUAUCAGGUAUAUUAUCAUUAAUACAAUUUGUUUGGUGUUGUUGAAAGUCCUAGUGUUCAUAAGAACCCUCAUAAUGAAUAAACUACUUUGAUCUUUUAUUCAUUGCUUUGGUGAGGGUUGGUUUGCUUCCCAAAUAAACAACAUUAUAUGAAGUUUUUGUAAAUUAAAUGAAUAUGUUUUAUAAUUACUAUUCACUUAUUUUAAGAUUCAUUGUGUUAAUAACAUGUACCAUCCAUUUUCUAUGAUAUCAUACAAUUGUUUCUUUUCUACAUUCCUUUUGUUUAAAGUUUGUAAAAGAUACAUACACAUUUUGAAGUAUUACAUUGUUCAUUUAAGUAAAAGUAGUAACUGGUUUAGAGAUUGGCAUUAUAUAUAUAUUCGCCACCUCUGAAAAGCCAAUACAAUGUUGUUUCGUGUUGUAUAACAGGCUCUGUCGAUUUCCCUUUUUGCUUGUAGACACAUGUCUUCUCUGUUCGAGGUUUCUUUAUCCUGAAAACCUGUGAUUCCCCAGAGGGUUGCUUUUUUGAAUGAUCCAUGGUUAAUUUUACGCAUUUGUUGUAGCUACAAGCUUUCAGCUUCAAACUACUACCACACUAAUCACUGCUCAUAUACUGCACAUGCGCUGUAAUAGCUGGAUCUUCUUGGAUAUGAUGUAAAGACGCACGGACGAAUGACAGAUGUGUGCAAUUUCCGCCAAAUCUGUCCCGACAGCUGUAAAAUAUAAAUUAUUAUUAUAGGCAGGGUUCGAAUUAUGAUUUCAUCUUUGUGGGGGUCUCUUAAAAAAAAAAAAAAAAGUAGCCUAUAAGCAGGCGUGGUGUGUGUGAUAAAUAAUUGCUUAACACUGCACUUGAUUCUUUUGAUUUCAAUGUUUAUUAAUACAGGAGUAGAGAAAUGAGUAGACUGUCCACUGAUGAUGUUUUUUGUUUUUUUUAAAUAAACCCGAAUUUUGCCAAAGUUGUACCUGAUGUUGGUAGCAGUCUUUUUAUUUUUGGUGGCAUGGUUGCUGGUUCUGAACUUUACACUAUUUCUAAAAUAUUCUAACUGAUCCCCCAGCGUGAGUUAUUCUAGGUGACUGAAUGAAUGAAUGAUGAUCUGCUUUUAUGUCAUUUUUCCUUUUUAUACAAAAUAUUCACAAAUGUAUUAGCUAUAACAUGAAACACUGAUAUUCCGAUUGUCAAAUAUGUGCAAGUGGAUGUGUUUUGUUGUUUAAACGCCUUUAUAACGAUCGCGUUAAGUUAGUUGAGCUGUAUGUGCGAUGGGCGGCGCCAUGUUAUUUUACUACACGUCAAUUCCUCAACUUCUCACGAAAUACAUGAAAGUAAGUGGCCGGUGAACUGGGAGAAGAAUAGAGUAAAAUGUAAAGCUACUUACACAAUGUGUAUCUGAUAUGAAAACGUGUCUUAUUGUAACGUAACGUUAAUGGAAAGGAUUAUUAUUGCCGCUUCCCUAGACAUUAGUGUGUAUUUUACAAACUCCAAAUAUUUUUUUGCUAGUACUUAUGUGUAUUUAAAUGUCUGAAACCUAAAAUAAACAUUAUGUGGUUGAAAACACAGAACAGUUGAUCUGUCUAUGGUUGUGAUACAUGACAGCAGCACUGAGCGCGUCUGUCUCUGGCUCAGCGCCAGCCAAAGCUCGAAAGCACGUUUGAAUUUAGCAGUUGAUCACGUGAUGCACUGACCGUUCUAAUCACACCGGUGUUGAUCGAUCAUACGUGCAAAAGGGUUAACAUAAACAUUGAAGGAAUAUAUUGAAGGAAAAAAAUGCUUUAUUUGUAAUUUAAAAUAAUGGUGCUGAUGAUUUUUAGAGACCCCCACAGGUGUAUGAUUUUACUGCUUUCAUGGGAGCUCAUCCUCUCUCAAUGGGAGCUCAGCUCCCACUGGCUCCCACGUAAUUCGAACCAUGAUUAUAGGUUUACCGUAAUGAAUCAGGGUAAGGCAAAAACAUGGUUUGAAAGAUGGAUUGUUGGUGUACUUGCUCAUUUAUAAUUUUGACUUUGUGAUUUUAUGAAAAAAAUAAUAAUAAUUACAUUGUGUAGCUUCAUAAGGAAUAGACUACUUUGAUAUUUUAUUCAUUGCUUUGGUGAGAGUUGGUUUGCUUUCCAAAUAAAUAUGAUAUUAAGUUUGUGUAAAUGAAAUGAAUAUAUUUUAUAAUUACUAUUUACUUCUUUUAAGCUAUGAAGAUUCAUUGUGUUAAUAACUCUGUACCAUGCAUUGUGUAUGUACAAUUUUUUAUAAAUUUGACACAGCAUAAUUUAGAUAGUGAGCAUCAGAUUGUCUUUGCAUUAUUGCACACAACGGCCCCCCAAAAUAUGUUGAAAAUAGAACAUUUUGGUGCAGUAGGAGUACACCUAUAUGGAACGAUGUUGACGCUUUUCAAGAUUAUAUAAUUGCGACAAUUCUAAUGUAUUUGUAAUCUCGAUUAUUUUUCUGAUUAAUUCUGCAUCCCCAACUCCCAGUGUGACAAACAACUCCCAGCAGAAGAGAUGUUACAUUAAUAUGGAAAAUGAUAACAAUGUAA